CACCGAAGCUGGACACGGACUUAACUCUCUCCUCCAUCCGCUUUCUCUGCGCUGUCUCUGCGUUGUUACCUGUUUUUUAUUCGCCUGAAGCCAACAUGGGGACUUAUCGCGGAGAUACGGCGCGUUUGGAGAGGUUUGGAGUGCGUCUGGGUAACUUUAUGGAUCAAAUGGAGACUUUACGCAGCGCCAAAGAACGAUCAGAAUGGAGGAGACCGAGCUGCUGAAGCCCGUGACCCAGAGAGUGGAGCGUCCCUUCAGAAAAUACUUUAUGCAGUACUUUGGGCAGUAGUACUCCGAGGAUGAGGUUCAAAUACUCCAUCCCCGUUGUGUUUGUGCUGGCGCUGGUCAUCAUCGAGAAAGAGAACAAGAUCAUAUCCAAGGUGUCAGACAAACUCGCCUUGAAGCAGCCUCCAGACUCCUCCCUCCAGCUCCUGCUCAAACCGAACCACAACGGCUCCUUGAUCUUCCACCCCCGGACGAGCGCUCCCGUCUUCACCCUGAUGAAACGCCGCCUGGAAAACUACAACUCCCACCAAAACUCCCCAAGGACCAAAUCCAAACAAAAACACAUCUUGCUUCUGGCUACAACCCGGACUGGCUCGUCUUUCGUAGGAGAAUUUUUCAACCAGCAAGGGGACAACAUGUUUUACCUUUUCGAACCGCUUUGGCACGUCGAGAAGAUGCUCACGUUGGAAGGCGGUGGAACGAACGCAACGGCUGCUGCUAAGGCGUAUCGCGACGUCCUUCAACAGCUGUUUCAGUGUGACUUUUCGCUGUUGGAAAGUUUCAUCGAACCACCUCCCGUUGACCACGUUACCACGAAUCUUUUCCGAAGGUGGUCCAGCAGUUCUUUGUGCGCAGAUUCGGUUUGCAGUCCGUUCGUACAAGGAGAUUUUGAGAAAUUUCACUGCAAAACAAGAAAAUGUGGACCGCUGAACUUAACGAUGGCGUCGCAAUCUUGUUUACAAAAGGAUCACAGAGCUAUCAAGUCCGUUCGUGUUCGCCAACUGGAGACGUUAAGACCUUUAGCGGAGGACCCAAGAUUGGACGUUAAAUUUAUUCAGUUAGUACGCGACCCGAGAGCCGUGCUGGCGUCUCGAAUCGUCGCGUUCGAGCAAUACAAGAACUGGAAAGAGUGGGCGACGCAAGGCAACGUUCCUUUAGACGACGACGAAGUUCGGAAGCUAAAAGGAAACUGCGAUAACAUCCGAACGUCCGCGCAAAUCGGGCUCAAGCAACCGAAGUGGCUCCGCGGACGCUACAUGCUGGUACGCUACGAGGACAUCGCCAGAUUCCCGAUGAGGAAAGCGGCGGAGAUGUACAAGUUUGCUGGAAUUCCUUUCACGCCUCAAGUGAAGUCGUGGAUCGCGAAAAACACGCAGGUCUCGCAAAAGGAAACCAGCGGCGUUUACUCUUUGCAAAGGAACUCGUCGGAACAUGUGGAAAAAUGGCGGUUCAGUUUACCGUUUAAAAUCGCGCAGGUCGUGCAGAAAGUUUGUAAACCGACGCUGAAACUGUUUGGGUACAAAGUGGUGAACAAUGAAAAGAUGCUCACGGACAGAUCAGUUAGUUUAAUAGAAGAUAAGGCUUUCAACUUCCCAUAGACUGUUCAAGAAAAAAAAACUUUUAUUGUGCGUAUUUAUACUGGUGUUCAGGUGUAUUUAAAGACUAUUUAAACAUGCACUGCGUAACUUUUCUGAUGGAGAGUCAGCUACACCACCUGCUUGUCUCCAUGGUCGUUGCUAUGCCUUGAAUGUCCCACAGGGUGGCUUUAAAUGCAUCUACCGGGACUAAACCGAGUCUACACCGGGACUACACCGGGUCUAUACCGGGACUACACCAGGACUAUAUCUGGACUACACCAGGACUAUAUCGGGACUACACCGGGACUACACAGGGGCUACACCGGGACUAAACUGGGACUACACCGGGACUAAACUGGGACUACACCGGGUCUAUACCGGGACUAAACUGGGACUACACCGGGACUAAACUGGGACUACACCGGGACUAAACCGGGUCUAUACCGGGACUAAACUGGAACUACACCGGGACUAAACUGGGACUACACCGGGACUAAACUGGGACUACACCGGGACUAAACCGGGUCUACACCGGGACUAAACCGGGUCUAUACCGGGACUACACCGGGGCUACACCGGGACUACACAGGGGCUACACUGGGACUAAACCGGGACUAAACCGGGUCUAUACCGGGACUACACUGGGGCUAAACCAGGACUGUACCGGGACUACACCGGGACUACACAGGGGCUACACUGGGACUAAACCGGGUCUAUACUGGGACUACACCGGGGCUACACCGGGACUAAACCAGGACUACACCGGGACUAUACCGGGAUUAAACCAGGAUUAAUCUUAAUUACCUCUGUGGAGCUCUGCACCGGUCCUUUCUCCUGCAGUCACCCAACAGUCUACACGGGCGCACCUCCGACGGUGUCCCGACGUGAUUCAUGGUUCAGUUCUGGUUUAGUUCUGGUUUAGUCCUGGUUUAGUACUGGUUUAGUCCUGGUUUAGUCCUGGUUUAGUCCUGGUUUAGUCCUGGUUUAGUCUUCCUGGUUCAGUCCUGGAAUCCGUCCUAGGUUAGCCCUGGGUUAGCUCUGGUUCAGUACGUGACACGUUUCUUCUGCUUAUGCCUGUGAAGUAAUGACAGUCGAGGGAGGGAUUCAUCGCCAUGGAGACAAGCAGGUGACAGACUCUCCACUAGAAAAGUUACAUGAUGCGUCUUUUUAAACCCACGUUCACAGACUCACGUUGAAAUCAGUUGACUGUACUGUACGUCUCUCACACAUGGGCCUUACUCUUAUCAGACGUGUUCUCUUUGCGUUCCACUUUGUUUUCCAGACUAUUUGAGGAAAGGGCACUCAGCACAAUCAACAUAAUGUGCCGGGACCAGAUAAGCUGCUUCCUGGAAUUUUAUUUGGGAAGCUCCGGAAGCAGGAACGCCAAAGAAAACUUGAAAAGUACUGGGGAAAAAAAAAAGUAUUUACGGACCACACUGGACCAGACCUGCACAGUCACAAUGGUGUUUAUGGGAGAAAUGUU